CCAGGAAGUGACGCGAGCGCGUCGAGCGGAGGGGGCGGCCCCCGGUGAUGGCGGAAGCGGAGGCCAAGAUGAAGCAGUUCAAUGGCGGCGGGGCCGGGCUGGACGCCGAGCGCGGCCGCUUCCCGUACUGCGUGGUGUGGACACCCAUCCCCGUCCUGACAUGGCUUUUCCCCAUCAUUGGCCACAUGGGCAUCUGCACAUCAACUGGAGUCAUUCGGGACUUUGCAGGGCCGUAUUUUGUCUCAGAAGACAACAUGGCAUUUGGGAAGCCAGUGAAGUACUGGAAACUGGAUCCCGGCAAAGUUUACUCCACCGGUCCCAACGCCUGGGACACGGCCGUGCACGACGCCUCGGAGGAGUACAAGCACCGAAUGCACAACCUCUGCUGUGAUAAUUGCCAUUCUCAUGUGGCUUUGGCUUUAAAUCUGAUGAGGUACGAUAACAGCACCUCCUGGAACAUGGUGAAGCUCUGCUUCUUCUCGCUCCUGUAUGGGAAGUACGUCAGCAUAGGGGGAUUUGUGAAGACCUGGCUUCCCUUUGUCCUGUUCUUGGGGGUGAUCGUGACCAUUGUUCUGACGCUUCACUUGCGGUGAUGGCAGCUGUGACCCCCCCAGUUCCGCGGGCACACGAAGGACGAAACUGUGACCGAUGCAGCGAGAUGGAGGCACAGGGCUCUGCGAGGCGUUUUCCAGGGAAGGUGGCAACUCCGCUCCAUUGUAACAGCUCAUCUUUGUUUCCUGGAACUGGCUUCUUUUCCUUCUGUUUUGUUCUGUUGGUGGUGACUCCCAGUGUCGGGUCCUGACGCCUCCCGCUCGCUCCCUUUCUGCGGUUCGGUAGGUAAAAACGCAGUCAGGAAAAGAGAGACGUGGGCACCUUUGCUUUCAGUGCCAAGUAAAAAGCCACAAGGCAAAGCUUGCCUGCUGGUCCACCUUGUAAGGUUCUCUCUGAUCACUUGGUUUCUUCCUCUUGGAAUCAUUUUGGUUGGAAAAGACCCUCAAGACCAUUGAGUCCAUGCCCCGUGUCCUGAGAACGUCAUGUCUGUCCAACCCUCCAGGGCUGGUGACUCCAGCACUGCCCUGGGCAGCCUGUUCCAAUGCCCCACAGCCCUUUGGGGAAGAAAUUGUUCCCACAUCCAACCUCAGCCUCCCCUGGCGCAACUUGAGGCCGUUUCCUCUUGUCUCGGCAGACUUCACCAGCUGCCUCCUCAAACUUCCUGGGUCUCCAAGAAGCGGUUGUCGUUUCCCCGUAGCACGUUUCAAAGCAGGGGGUUCUUCCUGAGGGUGUAAGUGCUGCGGCACACGCCGACCGUCUCCCCGGUAGCAGCAGAAAGGUGUUGGUGGCAGGACGCUGCGAGGACGGGCGGAGGAGCGCUCUUCGGCAGGACAAACCCGUCUGGCCCUGCUGGUGAGCCCAGAAAGGCAGGAAAGUCAGUGCAGUGGCUUGGGCCUGGCUCGUGUCAGCACACACGCUUCCAGGAGCCUGUUGCAGGGUUGGGAGUCUGCUGCUGAGUCCCUUUUAGCUCGUGCCAGAGAAAAUGCAGCUUCCCUGCUUCUCCUCGUGCUCUGAAUGUCUAAAAUUGGCGUUGCACUUCUCACGAGCCGCUUGCUUUCCUUUGAUCCCUUGUGCUUUGCGUGUCGCAGUGUAGCUGGGCCUGCAGAGGCGGCAGGAGCGGCAGGGACGUGUUUCUGGGACAGAAGAGCUUAGCGUUGGGUUUUGAAAGUGUCUGUGAGAGCAGCACCUGAACCCGGGCUUAGUGGGAUCAUCGGAGAUUAAAAGAAAAGCUGAAGGGACUGGAAAGCACCCAAAUUCUGGGCACAAACUGGGGCACUGGCUUUCUUGCAGGAUGGUGAACAAGGUCUGUUUACAUCCUGAGCAUCCUUUGAAGAGUGCACCCGGGGUAAAAGUGCUUUGCAGGACUGGCUUUGGUGGGAAGAAUUUUGGUCUGGCCACACUUGGGGGGCUGACGGCCCUUUUCAAGCUCUGGAUCAGGCAGGAUGGGUAGAAGGGGAAAGAUUGUUCGGAGCGCUGGGCAGGAAGGGGACUGGGACGUGCCCAGGGUGAGGGCUCCAGGGCUGUGUUUGCUGAGGCUCUGACCAGCAGAUGCUGGGGCUCUGAGCCAAGCGGCUGCUUAAAGAAAAGUGUGGCCGAAGGGUUGUGUGCAGUGGAGCAGGUCCCCUCUGCUGCAGAGGGGGGAGAACAGCUUUCCACUCCCGCCUGGGAAGGCAGCUCCCUGCUCCCUGCUGGGUUUGCCCUCGAGGACUCAGCCAGGACGCUUCUCUCUGCUGUCCCCGUGGCCGCCGUCACCCUGCUGGCCCUCAGGCCCGUCCCCAUGUGCCUCCUCAUCUUCAUCCUCCUCCCCAGCUCCUCGAGCCAUGUGGGAGGGUUGGGGACUCUUCUCGGGCCUCUCAAUUUCUGCCUUUCCUCCUUUUCCUCAGUCACUUUUAAACAAGCCCAUAAACCUCUUGUGUCUCCAUCACAUCCAGUCGUCUCCGUCACCUGGUCACCGUGCUGGCCUUUCCGUGCUGGGGGGAGCUGUGCAGCCCCUGUGCCCUUCCCCUCUACCCGGACCUGAAGCAGCCAUCGGUGUGUGGUCCAUAUGGGCUCCUCGGCUCUGGAGAGCAGGCAGAGCCUGCGGCUGAUGGGAAAGCAGAGAUCUCGAUCAAAGAGAACCUUACGAUGAAAGGACGGCAUCUUACCAAGCUACCCCGUGUCUCUGCGUUCUCCAACCGCCAUCUCCAAGGCAGGUGAACAGGAGAGAUUAGUCCUUUGCCUCUUUUGUUUAAUUUAAAUAUGAUUUCUCAGAGUGAUGAGCUUGGAGUCCCUGGCCCCAGGGCUGAAGCCAACCCGUCUUACGCAGUAGCAAUAACUUAGAGACUCUUAGGCCUGUCUCACACGUCGAUUCAGUGUUUUAUCGAUAAGCUACACAAGCCUUGCCAAAGCUGAGACUUGGAGUUGUGGAGAGAGGCCGGGAGCGCGGCUGUCGGCCACAGUUCCCGCUCCUGGGACUUCGAAGGACACGCCGAGUGCCAUUCCCCACCGUGAAAACCCUUGUCGUUCGCUCCUAAUUCUUUUCAGCAGAUCGUGGUUUUGAAUGGAGGGUUUUCGUGCGCAGCACAGGGGCCUCGCGGUCGGUUGGAGCUUUUGCUGCUGGGGAAGGACGGCAACGCUUCGCCCAGGCCCUGGCUGAGCCACCGACCCGCUUCCCUUAUGCAGAUGGAGGAAAGAAAGGACAGGAAGGAGGGAGGUGAGGAAUGUCCUUCAUCAGCUUCUUCAUCUCGCCACCGGCUUCUUCCCAGUGCCCCCUUUGAGCCCCAUUAAAGGUUCACUUCACCCUCCAGAUCCCAGUUUUUUUGCUCCCUUCCUUUCCCUCUGUCCUUUGUUUGUUCUCUUGAUCUCUGCGGGGCGCUGGAUUUACUUUGUAAAUAUUUCAACUUUGCUUCUAUGCUUUCAUAAUCCUGACGGUAGGGGAAAUAAACUCAUUUCUGUGAUGUC